AUGAGUACGGAAGUCGAGAGCGUGGUGAGUAUGGCGGAUCCGCAAGACGAGGAGGGCUCGAAAUGCCCGGUGGACCAUGAGGCUAGACAGGUCUGGCUGAAACAGGCGGAAGAAGCGGAUGCUGGGAAGGAAAAGUGUCCGGUGGACCACAGUGCAAGGUCUGUGUGGCUCAAGCAUGCGUCUUCGGCCGCUGAAGACGUGGAAUGCUCGUCUGACGAGCUGCCGGAGAAGCCCGUGUACCAUACUAGCGUGAAGUUGCCGGAGGAGCGCGAGAUAUCGUCGAUUCCGAGGACCGGCACGGGAGCCAAUUGGGUGUAUCCGUCGGAGAAGCAGUUUUUUGAAGCUAUGUUGCGUAAGAAAUGGGAUCCCAGCUCUGACGACAUGAAAACUGUGGUUCCCUUGCACAACUCGGUGAACGAGCGUGUAUGGAACAGCAUAAGGCUGUGGGAGAAGGACCAGGGCGGCGAGGCCUGCGGUGGCAUACAGCUGACAAGCUUCAAGGGCGACGCCAGGAAGCUGACGCCGCGGGCUUGGUUUAGGAGCGCCCUCCUGGGCUACUCUAAGCCGUUCGAUAGACAUGACUGGACCGUGGACAGGUGCGGCAAGACGAUCGAUUACGUGAUAGAUUUCUACCACGAGGACAGCGAGACGCUGGGACCCAACAUAUAUCUGGAUGUGAGGCCUAAGCUCAACUCGUUCGAGGGCGUUCGCUUGCGUGUUUGCAAGUCGCUCGGCCUUUGA